AUGGACAAUACUGAAAAACGAGAAUGUGACAAAGCUAACAACGGGUUUCCGAAGUUCAAAAAAUCCACCUCUUUACUGGCAUUAUUUUUUCGUGAUUUAUCUGAACAGCGGAGUCAGAAGGAUCGCGAUUCUCAGGAUUCCAGUGAUGAAGAAGAAAACGGAGAUGAAAAGAAAGUAGAAGACGAAUCAGUAAUCGGAGAUUUUGCACAGAAGUCAACAAUCUCAGGCAUGAAGUACGUGAGCGACAAGAAGUCCCGAAUACCCAGACGGUGUUUUUGGCUAUUGGUUGUGUUGACGGGUGCUGGUUUCCUAGUAUAUCAGAUUGUACGCAGCGUUAAUCUCUAUCUGGAUUACCCUGUUAAUGUCGAUGUGAAGAUUACCUACGCCAACGAUCUACCGUUUCCUGCCAUAACAAUAUGUAACAUGAAUUUACUCAGACGCCUAGAGCUGGAACAUUACGAAGGCCAUGAUGCUAUUGAAUUCUUGGAAUUGCUGUAUCCAUUGGUAACCGAAAAAACCUCGCCCGUUCCAGAAAACAUAAUUCAGAACUUCACUCUGACAACAGUCGCCAACUUGACGGAUUUGCUUAUGCGGUACGGACAUCAAAAGGAAAAUAUGGUGAUAUUGUGUCAUUGGAAAAGCAGUGCUUGCAGUUCUGUGAAUUUCACGACUACUAUCACUGACUACGGCUUGUGUCAUACAUUCAACUCAGGUUUGGAAGGUACGGCGCCGUUAAGAGUCGACAAUACAGGGGCACGAUAUGGCCUUACGUUGUAUGUCGACAUUGAACAAGGGGAGUAUGGCCGAGGACCACGCGAGUCAGCAGGUCUGAAAAUAGCUAUACAUAACCAACGUGACAUACCAUUGGUCAGUGACCUCGGAUUUGCCGUGUCACCAGGUACGCACACGCUAAUUGGAUUAAGAAUGACAAAGAUAAGCAGCUUGCCGAAUCCUUACGGUUUAUGCAAAUCCAAGAAGUUGCAAUUCUACGGUGAUUAUACUAUGUCUAAAUGUCAAUUGGAAUGCUUGACACACUUUAUUGUAGGACGGUGUGGAUGUAAACAAGCUUAUAUGCCAGGUCAAGUGCGACAUUGCUCGCCGCAAGAUGUGUAUAACUGCUACCUUCCGAAUUUAGGUGAAUACGCGGGUCACAAAGAUAUGUGCGAAUGUCCUGUGCCAUGCGAAAGAACUAUUUAUAGUUCCCGACUUUCAUACGCCCAAUUUCCAUCGGAUUUCGCAGCGAAUGAAUACAGCAAAUUGUUAAACAAUAGUGACUCUGAUUAUAUCAGAAGGAAUGGUUUAAAGUUAGAAAUAUUCUAUGAAGAACUUAGUUUUAAAGAAGUUACUCACCAAGUCGAAUAUGAACUCUUUAAAUUAUUUAGUGAUAUCGGUGGAUCGAUGGGACUGUUGCUAGGGGCUAGUUUCGUAACCAUCGUGGAAAUAUUCGACUUUGCCUGCCUUAAUCUCUACAGACGAGUGCGAUCAAAAUGGCGACCCCGAAUCACACCCAUCGAAACUAAAAGUUGA